AUGAAUCAAGUGAAUCACUCAUAUCUGCCGUCACUCCUGAAGAGUAUUGAAAACGAAUGGAAACCUGUUGUCGACAACUACUGGACCCGAGUGGUGGCCAAUAGUUCUUCGGCGAAGACCAGUCGCUAUGUGUUGGCAAUGUUUCCCUAUUCCAGCGGUUCCUUACAUUUAGGUCACGUUAGGGUUUACACGACAUCAGACGUUAUCUUCCGGAUGAGUCAUCUCCGGGGAUAUCCAUCGAUACAUCCAAUGGGUUUCGAUUCGUUUGGUUUGCCGGCAGAAAAUGCG